UUCAUCGGCCAAUCAGAACACAACAUCCGUAUUUAACAACCAAUCAACGUUCGCGAAUUAAAUGAUGGCUGAAUUUUCUCUACUUAGACAACUUAAAAUCUAUACAAUUAUCAUUGAUUGUAUUUAAACAAAGGGAAAAUUAUAAAAAAGGUAAGAUAGAUUUCAACUGCCAAGAGUAGAUAUUGGAAAGAUAGUGUGUGUAAAGGGGGAAAUCAUUUAUAUCUGGAAGAAGAGAGACGAUUUUAGCUGCCCGAAUAGAAAUUAGAGAGAUCUUCGUUUUGAAGGGGGAAAUCAUUAAGAGUUGGACAACCUGAUUUCAACGUAAAAUAAGACACCAUGAAUAGGACAUCUACUCUCAAGAUGAAUCUAUCCACGACAACGCUGUCGAUGGUUAAGACGGACAACACAGCAGAUAUGGUCAGCGUUGCCAAGGAGAUGCACUGGUAUAGCAGCGUGGUUUUUGGUACUUUCUUUGUGGUAGUUGGUCUAAUCGGGAAUAUGCUCUCCAUGAUUAUCUGGAACCGGAAGUCGCUUAGGUCAUCAACCGGAACUUACCUGAUAGCACAAGCGGCAGCGGACAUGAGUGUCCUUAUCUUUUUCUUCUUCACCGACUCCUUAGCAAUGAUGGACCCAGAUAUCAAGAAGGAUAACUCUUAUGGAAUGUUCUAUUCUUACGUAGGGUACCCUAUAUUUUACCUGGCGAUUAUCAUUAGUAUAUGGAUGACUGUUGGCGUCACUGUAGACAGAUAUAUACAAGUCUGUUGGAUCAGUUACUCAAAAUCGAUGUGCAACCACAAGAGAUCCCUAUCUGGAAUAGGAAUCAUAAGUUUGCUCUGUUUCAUCAUAAACAUUCCUCACUUUUUUACAUACGAACCAAUCCACGAACGUAACUCAACAGAUGAUGCGUAUGCAAUGACGGAAUUCGGCAAAGGACACGGAAGUCAGAGCUAUGAAUUCUGGGUACACUGCAUGUUCCUUGUUCUGGUACCCUGGGUUACAAUCUUCUGUUUGAAUGUAAUGAUCAUAAAACAGGUUCUGAAAACCGGCGCUAAAAUGAGUGACAGGAAAAGUGUCUACGCCAAGGAGAAAACCAGGAGGGCAGAGAACCAGCUAACGACCUUGCUUCUUACAGUGACCUUCACCUUCCUUGUCCUGAUAGCAUUGCAGUGCAUCACUCAAUGUUUCUUCAUGAUGAAACCGAAAACAGUGAGUAUUCAGUUACCCGGUAUUUUAUUCCAUUUUUCGAUUCGCCGCGGUAGGUUCGGAUCACAUGCAUACGAUUCGUAUUGAUUAGUUCCGAUCCUUAUCGAGUCUUCCUGAUAAGCCCCGAAAACAUACUAUUCGUCCCCAUUAGUUCCGAUUCAAGUCGACCCAUAUCGAAAUGGACCUGGAUAUUUGUUUUUCUUUAUUAGAGAAUACAACAAUAAAGUUUCACAUUGUUCUGUUUAACUUGUGAAAACAGCAUCAGCCUUAAACACGGAAUCAUAGUCGUUUAUUUAACAAAGAAAGAAGUUCUGUUAUCAUUCUCGUCUUUGCCAUUUAAAAAAAUAACCACCAAAUUGAUUCUUUGGACAGGGUUCCGAUGGUCAUUGUUAAGGGAUUACAAAUUGUAUUUUUUUCAUUACAAGAGAGUCACAAAACGAGGAAGACUGAGACAGCAUCAAAUAACAUAUGAGUUUGUCAUCAUUGAGGGGGAUGACACACUUUUGGGGUGUGGGAUUUAGGAGGUUAAAAAGUGUGGAUGUGAGAUAUAGGAGGUUAAAAAGUGUGGAUGUGAGAUAUAGGAGGUUAAAAAGUGUGGGUGUGAGAUAUAGGAGGUUAAAAAGUGUGGAUGUGAGAUAUAGGAGGUUAAAAAGUGUGGAUGUGAGAUAUAGGGGGAAAAAGUGUGGGUGUGAGAUAUAGGAGGUUAAAAAGUGUGGAUGUGAGAUAUAGGAGGUUAAAAAGUGUGGAUGUGAGAUAUAGGGGGAAAAAGUGUGGGUGUGAGAUAUAGGAGGUUAAAAAGUGUGGAUGUGAGAUAUAGGAGGUUAAAAAUGUGGAUGUGAGAUAUAGGAGGUUAAAAAGUGUGGGUGUGAGAUAUAGGAGGUUAAAAAGUGUGGAUGUGAGAUAUAGGAGGUUAAAAAGUGUGGGUGUGAGAUAUAGGAGGUUAAAAAGUGUGGAUGUGAGAUAUAGGGGGAAAAAGUGUGGGUGUGAGAUAUAGGAGGUUAAAAAGUGUGGGUGUGGGAUAUAGGAGGUUAAAAAGUGUGGAUGUGAGAUAUAGGGGGAAAAAGUGUGGGUGUGAGAUAUAGGAGGUUAAAAAGUGUGGAUGUGAGAUAUAGGGGGAAAAAGUGUGGGUGUGAGAUAUAGGAGGUUAAAAAGUGUGGGUGUGGGAUAUAGGAGGUUAAAAAGUGUGGGUGUGAGAUAUAGGGGGAAAAAGUGUGGGUGUGAGAUAUAGGAGGUUAAAAAGUGUGGAUGUGAGAUAUAGGAGGGAAAAAUGGGAUCUUGGAAAGAGAAGGGGGAAAAGUGGAGAGUGGGAAAAUAACAAAAAGAGGAUUCUGUGAAAUGAGCACCCCGUGGCACCCCUCAUCAUAAGGCUACACUGAAAAUUAAAUCCAAGUCCAUUCGAAUUCCUUUAAAUAUGAACUUUGUUUCAGGUGGCCUGGUAGGGAUUGAUAUAUCAAAUUGUUUGAUUCGUUAUAAAAGUUUUUUACUUAUAAAGUGUAGUAAAAAGUUACAAAAGGAAAAUCCCCUGGUAUAUAAAUAUGAAUGAUUGACACGAAGGAUUAAGACACCAAGAUAAGAAAACCUUUAAAAUUCUGAACUGCUUUUUAAUAUAAAAUUUACUACCAUUUCUUUUCAGGUAAAUUUUGAGCUUGUAAACGAGGCUUUCGCUGUUGCAAAACUGGGUGUGAUCAUCAACUCCUCCGUCAACUUUUUCUUGUACUGCCUCAGUGGACGUCGUUUCCGGAAGGAACUCUUCAGUAUUAUGGGAUGGCAAUUUACUUUCGGCGAUCACAGCGAUCUUUCUUCAGAGAGAAGUGGAUCCGGAUCGGAAUCGAAAACUUCAGCAAUGUGAGAGUUUCCUCUGUUCGGUAUAAUUUUAUACCUUACAGUCUCACUUCGAAAUCAUGGACCGUUUUUCAAGUCUAGUUGUUUUAAUUUCAUUAUGAUGCGAUUUUUUGUACCGCGAAGAAGAAAAAAAAAUGUCGUACAUGUAUUAACAUAGUGACUAUUUGUUUAUGAAAUGAUAUCAUGUAUUGGUUUUGUAAAAAAAAUGUAAGAUUUUUCACAGUUAUAUGUUAUCAAAUUAUCUUUAUAUUAAACAAAAAAAUAGGGGGUAGAUUUUAAUAUUCGGAAGAAUAGGGCUUAAAACCAGAUGCAAAAGGUAGAUAUAGAGGAUCCGGGAAAAGAGGAGUUAGAGAGGAAUGAACAAUCCUUAGAUAUCAAUGCUUUUCGUUAUUGGCAGAUCGAUCUUUGAUUGUUUCUUUAAAAAAUAAUUCGUAACUAUUAUAGACUUAGGAAGAUUUAAAGCUUAACAUAUUGUAUAAACACCUGGACUGAUACAUGUAUGCAUAAAACCACUUUAGUUAAGAUAUCCAAUCGUAGUACUAAUUUAUCGUAGGACAUGUAGAAAAAUCCGUCCGUUCGGAACAAAUCUUAACUGAAGUAGCUGUCCUGUAUAUUGUUGAAGACAGUAUGUUACCCUCUUGAUAUCUUUUUUGUGUAUUUUUGUCGUUAGGUUGCUGUCUCAUUGACACUUACCACAUGUUGUGUUUUUAUUCAUAUAAAUGGCAGAUCGUGGGACAGAAUUGCCGGAAAAUUGAGAAAAGAUAUAACCCGAAUAAUCCAGUAGUUAUAUUCCGCUCACUACGAUCACUCCUCUGGAGGACACUGACCGUAAGAGGGCGCUGUAAAGACAAGAUCAAGUAUGUUUGGUUAGCUUCCACAACAAAAGUUAAACGUCUAUUUGUAAGGUUAAAAAUUAAUUUAACCUGUAACAUAAUUAUGUUAUGUAAAAUGAUGUUGUCUGUGUAUUAUAAUGGAAAAAAAAUGCAUUUUGCAUUAUCAUUUAAGAGUGUCUGGAUGGGAGUCUUCAUUUUUCUAUUUUCUAAUGUUUAGACCAUUUGCCUCUAUUCUUUUGUCCAUCAUUAUCUACUUUUUUUUGUCUAUUAUGUUAUUAUUCCCGGUCUUUAUAUUUUUGCCCUCUAGUUUUCUCCGUUCUUCAUAUAUUUGCCUAUUUAUUUAUAUUCUUAAAUAUUUUGACCUUCAUUAUUUAAAUUUGCCCAAUAUUCUCUAUUGUGUAAAUAAUCUCUAUUGUUUUUUUGCGGUCAUUGAACAUCAUCCGAGAAAAUUGAUUAAUUUAUAAAAGUCAAUUUCAUUAGUGUUUUUACGAACAACGGACUAUCUGGAGUAAGCCUCUUAUAUUUAGCUAGAGGCUUACAUCAAACCCUUUGAGUAUACAUUUUUUUUUUAGAAAUUGCGAGAUUUACCACAACCCUAUGUAAAACUAAGUUGAGUUGAUCUGUACAAACAGAUAUCGACGAACUUUUCCGGACAGUCCGAUACCAAGACCAUUUUCUAACAACCAUAUAAGAAUUAAAGAAUGUUGUUUGAUUUCCAAUGAGGCAACUAACUAUCCAACACAGACCAAAUGACGUAGAUGGAAGCAACUAUAGGUCACCGUAUUGCAUUCAACAAUAAGCAACAUCAAAGGCUUGAUUUAUAUUCCAACAGUAAACGAAAACAAAUAUGAUAUAAACAACGACCACUUACAACCACUGAAACAUAGGCUUCUAAACAGCUAAAAUACAGGCUUUUCGAUACACGAUCGUAUAAACAUGUCGUGAAGCAUUAUUUGUUUUAGUGGGACACGUGUUUAUUUAUUCUGGACCGUAAAUUUUUAGACGAGAUUUAAGCAACUAUAGGUCAUUGUAUUGCAUUCAAAACUACGCAAAAUCAAAGGCUUGAUUUAUGUUCUAAACAAUGAACGAAAAACAAAUAAGAUAGAUAGCGACCAAUUACAACCGCUGAAGCAUUGGCUUCUAAACCACUAAAAUACAGGCUUGUUUUCGAUAAAUGUUCGAAAAAAAUAUGUAGUGUCAUCAAUAUGUAAUUUUUGCUUUUUUAAUUCUCCUAGUAACAUUAGGAGCAUAAACAAAAUAAGCAUAACAUGAUUUUUUUUUUCGUGGAGCAUUUAGACUUUUUUUGGGACACAUGUUUAUCUAUUUACCUAGCAGGAUCAUUGUUUUGAAAUCCGGCAUUCAAAUUUUAAGAAUACAUGUAUAUAUAAAAAGAAUAGCGGGAACUACUGCUACCUAAACAAUCCAUGGAAACAAAGAUGACAUAAAUACCCGUAUGUAACAAGGGAGAUAACCAGCCUAAAUCUUUCAACAAGACCACACGAAUCACCAACACUCAACUCGUUAUACCGCAUGUGGUUCAUCAACAAAUCUUGAAGAGAGUGACCUGUUUUUUUCCCUUAGUAAAACUGAGUUUACCCAAAAACCCAAAAAGAAUCAUCCACAAGUGUCAUACCAUUUCACAUAACCAAGACUGAGGUUUAGCGCGGAUGGUGUAUCUAAAAUUACAGUGAACUUGAACAUACUACCUUAAAUGACCAGGCUAGGUUUUACCUAGAAUUGUUCAUCCACUGAACCUACCACCUUAAAUGACCAGGCUAGGUUUUACCUAGAAUUGUUCAUCCACUGAACCUACCACCUUAAAUGACCAGGCUAGGUUUUACCUAGAAUUGUUCAUCCACUGAACCUACCACCUUAAAUGACCAGGCUGGGUUUUACCUAGAAUUGUUCAUCGACUGAACCAUUCUUUAAAUACUUGUUUUCUUUGUUCUUCACUUGUUAUUGCUUUUCUUUGUUCAUCACUUGUUAUUGCAUACAGUCGUGUUAUUUUGUUGUUAAAAAAUAAAGCACUUGUGAUUUCAUAA